GGUAGCCAGGAGAGAAUCUUAAAUCUCCUCCUCCAUCACCUCCUUCUGCCUGCCUCACUACAUCUAUAUCUCUCUCUCAUACACGCCAAGCUGUUUAAUUUGCUUGCUUCUCGGCAGAAGCAAAGCUCCUACACCUGGUAAACUAUAAAAGAGAGCUUCGGUGGGAGAGGUAGAGGGAGUGCCUUCCUUGCUCAGUAGGUGGAUUGGCUGCUGGAAACCGAAACAGAGAAAGGGAGAUAAGUACACAAAAGCUAAGGAGAGUUGCAUCUAGCAUUACUAAGACAUGGACAGGGAGCGCAUGAAGAUGGCUAUCCUGGAGCAAGAACAAACAUUCAGACAACAGGUUCAUGAGAUGCACCGGGUUUACCAUGUUCAAAAACAUCUGAUGAGGGAGAUGCAGACAUCUAGGCUGACCCAAGCUCAUGCUGGGACGAAACCAAAACUCGACGUCUGGCGCAAUGAGAAGGCUACCGACUGUCAUAAAUUCUACGGGUUCUCAGACAGCUGCACCCCUGCCUCUGCAGAAGAAUGCAACCUUGAGCUUACUCUAGCAACCGGGAGCCAUAGCAGCAGGAACAGCAGCAGAAGUCAGAAGGGCAAGCAAGUAAUGAAGUCCGCAGACUCCGACUCAGGAACAGCGGUAUCAUCAACAUCGACCGAAUCUGAGCUGGCUCAGUUCAAGGAGUUCGACACAGCUGCGGUGAGGUUUCAGAGUGAUAUCAAGAGGUUUAACAUUGCCGAUGAGAAGAAUCGGGCUCCUUGGCCCAACCAGCCUGCAAGCCUGAGGAUGGCAUGGUGAACGAAUUAGCUAGGACUUGGAGUUGUAGAUUCUAGAGAGAGAAGAAGAGAUGUUGUUACAUGUACAUCGCAGAGCUAAUUUGCUACUACAACAAUUGAUAAUCGCAAAAAAGAGAUAGUCGCCUAACAUUUUCCAUGUUUUGAAGGUGACUAUACAUUUAAUUUAGUUGUAUCAGAGACAAGAACAAACCAAGAACAAUAUUGAUUCAGAAUUCCA